ACAGCAAUACAAAAAACAUGUACUGUGUAUAUUUCUGCGUCCUGCUCUCAAUAUGUGCCACCACGUCAGCACUCCCAUUCUACUCAAAACGGGAAUUGGCUCCGUCACUAACUCUACAGAGAAUCAAUGCUCUCAAGGAUACCAUAGAUCAGUUGAAUGAUAUUAAUAAGGCAAUGAGGUGUCGGGAAAAAGCAAACGAAUUGGCGGCAAAAAGAUCAAAACGAAUGAUCUCUCCAUCUCUGCGUCUCUCUGAACUUAUCGAUCCAUUGGUGGCGGGAGAGAGUGUGCCAACUGAGAAGACGCAGCCUGUGGAAGAAAACCCACAAGAAAUCGAGCAGAAUCCGGAGGAAUAUGAUGAAUGCGUCGGAUUUUAUCAUGAUAUUCCAUAUUAUUUCUAGAUUUUACCCCUGAUUACCGAAAAUUUUUAUUUUUUUGAAUUCUGAAUUCCUAAUUAUAUUUCUGAUUUUCUGAAAACUGUGGGCUGGUCCAAAUUAAUAAAGGCAUCUCAAUUGU